CACACAGGCGAGGGGUCAGUGAGAGGCAGGCAGGAGGGGUCCGGUCCGGCCCGGUGGCCCCCCUCUUUUGCUAGGCGCCUCUGUCCCCGCGAACACUUCCCGAUAGAUUCCAUUCCAUCCCCCUCUCCUCUCUAUCAUCCUCGGCAUCCGUCCCGCUUUGCCCUUGUUUAAUUCCAAAGGUUUCAUUUUCUGCAGGGAUAACAUUUGUGGGGGGUGGUGAGCCGGCCGGCCCUAUAGAAUCCUGCUCCUGCUCCUGCCUGCGCCCGUCCCCUUUUCAUGUUGCUUUCCCUUUCCUCCUCCUCCUCUUCUUCCUCCUCACCUCACCUCCUAUUUAGCCGUCCGAAUUGCUUGUCAGCAUCUUCCCAGCUUCUUCUUCUUCUUCCAACCGCGCUACGCUCUCUUGUCCCCGGUGCUCGCUUGGAUUCUUCUCUCUUCAUAGGAAGGAAGGAUUGGCUACCGAGAUAUUCCUACUAGGUGAGAGUCCAGGGCUGUAGUGCAUCCUGCGCGCUUGGUUUAUUCUGCAGCCAGUACCAGUACCAGUACCCCAGCUGAGCCGGUGAGGAGAGGAGAUAGAGAGAGCGAGCGGGAGCGGGAGCGGGAGCGGGAGCAGAGGAGGAGGGCCAUGGAAGGCGACAGCUUCUCCGGCGGCGCCAUGGCCAACGGCGGCGGCGGCGGCGGCGGCGGCAGCGGGCAGGUGGUGGACGGGAAGCUGAUCCACACGUUCCACAGGAGCUUCGUGCAGGUGCAGAGCCUGCUGGACCAGAACCGGAUGCUCAUCAGCGAGAUCAACCAGAACCACGAGUCCCGCGCGCCCGACAACCUCACCCGCAACGUCGGCCUCAUCCGCGAGCUCAACAACAACAUCCGCCGCGUCGUCGGCCUCUACGCCGACCUCUCCGCCUCCUUCGCGCGCACCAUGGACCACGCGUCCUCCGAGGGCGACUCCUCCGGCACCGGCAAUAACGGCCGCGCCGGCGCCGGCGCCGGCCACAAGCGCGUCCGCCCCGCCUAGAGCUAGCUUUUAGUUUUUUUCUUCUUCUUCUUCUGCUGGGUCUAGCUUGGCGUGGCAAUCCUAGGUGUUGCCAUUGCCACUAGGAGGCGUAUUUAGUCUUUUCUCUUGCGGUUCUUCUUGUUCGCCUUCUUCCUUUGUGCUCGCUAGCUGCGACGAACGCCGGUGAUUAGUGUAUGGUAAUUUAGUGUCAAACAGAGAGCUGCCAUGUGGAUGUUGCUCCUAUGACCACGAUUAAGACGAUGAAGAAACACCAGAGAAGCGGCACACGGUAGGCAGCCUUGCUGCUGCGCUUAGCUAGCAAGCAUCUUGAAUGGAAACUAUUUUGCAGCGUACUAGGACACACUCAUGUCAUGGUGGAGCGAAUGCGUUGGAGGCGAGGCUGGCUGCUCACUCUAUUAUGUCACUGCAGAUGGGUCAGGUCAGGUAGUAGGCAGUUCAUGUUCAUGUUCAGUUCGGCAGGGCAGGACAGAUCUUGAGAGGGCAAUGUUUACCAUCUGACACUACCCCUCGCCCUUUCCAUCCACCUGCCUACCUACCUGAGCUCCGAAUCGAAUCUGGUGAAGUGCAUGGCCACUUUGGAGACGCGCAUGGGUCGGUCGGUCGAUCGAUCGAUCGAUCUCCCCAACUCUGAAUCUGAUGAUUGAGUUGCAAAAUGGUGUCUAGUACUGGCAGUGCAAAGUGCAAUGCUUUACAGCUUUACAAAACCUGCUCCUCGCUCGCUCGCUGGCUCGACUCCUGCCGUGUCUUUCCUUCCUGUCCUGAUGAGUUAUCAUGAAAAAAAGCUCAGCAACAUGGCCAAGCUAGCUAGUACGUUGUUGUACCCUGAAAAUUUUCUAGUAGCUUUUUUUUCUCCCC